AAGCCUUAGUUUGACAUGAAAUAUCUGACCGAUUUACUGGAUAAAGAUAAAAUGUCUCUGUAUCAAAAAUAUAUGACAUUUGAUCAAGGGGAAAAAAUUCAAGUUACAUACAUAUGGAUCGACGGAACUGGGCAAAAUAUAAGAGGUAAAACUAGAACUGUUAACGCUCAACCUUUGUGUAUUGCGGAAUUACCUAUUUGGAACUACGAUGGUUCCAGUACUUAUCAAGCUGAAGGCUCUAACUCUGAUACAUACUUACAUCCUAUAUGUAUUUAUAGGGAUCCCUUUAAAAAGGGUAAACAUUUACUGACCCUCUGCGAGACAUACAAAUAUAAUAAACGUCCAUCAGAAAGCAAUCAUAGAAAUUCGUGCAGACUCACGAUGGAUAAGGUACUUGAUCAAGAACCAUGGUUUGGUAUCGAACAAGAAUAUAAUUUAUUAGAUACUGAUGGUCAUCCUUUAGGAUGGCCAAAAAAUGGUUAUCCUAAACCUCAAGGUCCAUAUUAUUGCGGUGUAGGUGCGGAUCGAAUGUUUGGAAGGCAAAUUGAAGAAUCCCAUUACAAUUGCUGCUUAUUUUCUGGAAUAAAUAUUGGCGGAACAAAUGCGGAAGUUAUGCCUUCGCAGUGGGAAUACCAAAUUGGUCCUAAUAUUGGAAUUGGCGUAAGUGAUGAGUUAUGGUUAUCAAGAUAUAUUAUGCAUAGAGUGUGCGAAGACUUUAACGUAAUAUGUUCAUUGGACCCAAAACCUUUACCAGAUUGGAAUGGAGCCGGAGCCCAUACCAAUUUUUCAACUAAGACAAUGAGAGAGACUGAUGGAUUGAAGGAGAUUGAAAGAUGUAUUAAACUUUUGUCCAAUCGUCAUUCUCAACAUAUUGCUGUAUACGACGCCAAGAAUGGGGAAGAUAAUAUUAGAAGGUUGACCGGUAUCCACGAAACAUCCAGUAUUCAUAAGUUUUCCUCAGGAACAGCGGAUAGAGGGUGUAGUGUGAGAAUACCGAGACAGGUAGCCGAAGAUAAAUGUGGAUACUUUGAAGAUCGCAGACCUGCCAGCAAUUGUGACCCUUAUCGCGUUACGGAACAAAUUAUUAAAACAUGCCUAUUAGAAGAAAUCUAA